AUGUAUACAUUUAAGAAAAAGGUGUCUGAUAACCCAAGUGAUACAGAUUCAGAUAGUUCAUCAACUACAUCCUCCUCUUCAUGUUCUCCUUCAACAGUAUCUGAUGAAGACGAUCAUCCAAAUGAGAAAGAUAACAGAUCUUACUGUGUUAAAACAAAAGAUGAGUUGCCUAUUGAUGAACUGCCUCCUGUUGAAGAUUUAUCAAUAAUUCUGCCUGAUGAUGUUGAACUGAAGCUCUUUGGGACAGUUUCCAGCAUCAUUGAGCAGCUAGUAAUAAUUGAAUCACUGAGAGGCCUACCUCCAGUAAAUGAGGAAAGCAUAAUUUUUAAAGAAGAUAGGCAAGCAGCAGGAAAGGUAUUUGAGAUAUUUGGUCCUGUUCUACAUCCUUUUUAUGUGUUAAGAUUUAACAGCUCUGAGCAUAUCAAAGCAAAAGGUAUUAAUGUGCAGGAUAGCAUGUAUUUUGCUCCAUCAGUGGAAGACUUCACCCAGUAUAUAUUUGCAGAGAAACUAAAACAGGAAAAAGGUUCAGAUGCAUCCUGGAAGAAUGACCAAGAACCACCACCUGAAGCUUUGGAUUUCAGUGAUGAUGAAAAAGAGAGAGAGGCAAAACAGAAGAAAAAGAAGCCUCAAAAUCAAGGAAGGAAGAAACUCAAAUCAGAAACAAAUGCAUCAAGUGAGAAUAAAGGAUUUCAUCAGCCAAUGCAACAGCCUGCUUCGGGUUACUCAAGGGGAUACCGUGGCAGAGGGUUCUCCAGGGAUCCAUUUCUUCCUCCAUCAGGCCCUCCAGGUUUUUUGAGACCACAAGUAAAAGCACCACAGCUAUACUCUUCAGACAACAGAAUACAUCAGGAAUCUCCGGUGUUUCCACAACCUCAUAGAAAAGAAAAUCCAAUGAUGCAGCAGUAUCCCUUUCCUCCUUCAGUUUUUGGUUCUGUUAAUGAUGUGCGUCAAUUCCACCUUCCACCUUCAAAUCUGAAUAUGAUUUGGACAGACCCGAACAUGUACAACUCGUCUUACCCGUUUUUACCACCUCCACCACCACCCCCUCCACCUCCUCCAGAUAACCAUCCUCCUCAGUUCAGGCCUUACUAA